GAUCCGGCGUCGGCCGAGGGCGUGGCGCGCGGCUUCCCCCGCGGCCGCGCCUGCCAUUGGUUUCUCCUGGCAGCGGAGGCUGGGCCAGAGGCACGGCCAGGGAGUGGGAGGGAAAGUUGCUGCCUGCGCCGUGUAGUUCGCACUCGGCGGCGGAGUUUGCACGGGACUGGCUGGAGAGGGAGCCGCGCGCGCCAGGAGAGGCAGCCAGGGGUGGCUGGAUGUGAGAAGGAGCAAACGGGGGCCCCCGAGAGCUCCCCCACGAAACGAAGACAGGAAGGAACUGUUCUGCAUCGUUAGCUGGGCUCACACCCUGGUGCUGGUGCCACAUGAUCUAAGUCGGUCGGUCGCACUGAAGAGGAGGGGUUUGCUUUGCUCCCACUUCUCCCAGGAGCAUUGACUGUGCCGGGAUUGACCUCUUGGCAGCCUUGCAUUCUCCAGCUUUCCCUAGCUUGCACGAAGCGGCCGAAAUCACUCUGUGAGUGCCACAAAAGAGCAGCCCCUGGCAGAGGCGGUGAUGCUGGGGUGCUCUCUUUGGGGCUCUGCACCCCCCACACCAACCGGGGAGAAGAGAGGAGCCGGGUGGCUUGAACCGCUGCUGCUGCUGCUGGUGGUCCUCUCCGGUUGGGUUUUGGCUCAGCAGACGGCUGAUUGCCCUGGAACUUGCGACUGCUCCGAGCCAGCCAGGACAGUGAAGUGCAUCAACAGGAACCUGACGGAGGUGCCUGUGGGCCUGCCCCACUAUGUGCGGAACCUCUUCCUCAUGGGCAACCACAUCCAGAACAUCUCGUCCGCCUCGUUCCCCUCGGAGUCCCUUCUAGAACUCAGCAGCCUCAACCUGAGCGGUAAUCGCCUGCAGUGGGUGGAGGCUGGGGCCUUUGCCAGGCUGCCCAGCUUGAAGCAGCUGGACCUCAGCGACAACGCCCUCCUCGAUCUCAGCCCCAUGGCCCUGGGCAACACCAGCAGCCCCCUAGAGGAGCUGAACCUGCGCAACUCCCUCUAUAACAACAGCUAUGUGACCGCCGUGGCCCAGCUGCUUCAGCAAGAGGCCUUCCUGAACUUGAAGCGCCUGGAUCUGUCCGAAAACAACCUGCUCUACCUGCCCCAGGGCAUGUUCGCUGCGCUGCACAGCCUGCAGCACCUGGACCUGCAGAACAACUCCCUGGUGAGUCUGCACGGCGUGACGCUCGAGAACCUCCGCCAGCUUCAGAGCUUUAACCUCAGCGGCAAUGCCCUCAAGCGCCUGAGGAACAGCACCCUCCUGCAGCUCCGGGGCCUUCCUCGGCUCGCCAGCCUCAACCUCACCCACAACGCCUGGGUCUGCGACUGCGGCAUCGAGGACCUGGUCAGCUGGCUCAAGGAGAGUGACCUGGUGGAGGCCAAGUCGUCCCUCAAGUGCUCUUACCCCAAAGGGAUGGAGAACAAGUCCUUGGUGGCCAUCGAUUUUUCAGAGCUGAGCUGCCCAGAGCCAGCCGAUAACCAGACUCAGCUGCAGACCUCUUAUGUCUUCCUCGGAAUAGUCUUGGCCCUCAUCGGUGCCAUUUUCCUCCUGGUUUUGUACUUGAACCGCAAAGGGAUCAAAAAGUGGAUGUACAAUAUCAGGGACGCCUGUAGAGACCACAUGGAGGGCUAUCACUACAGGUAUGAGAUCAACGCAGAUCCCCGGCUAACCAACCUCAGCUCCAAUUCUGAUGUCUGAA